UUCAUAGUGCACUCUGUGCUCAACUCUCGCUUCGCGUCCCAUAGCCUCAAAAGACAAGAAAAAGUCUCGACCACAAAAUCAAGCCAAACAAAUCAAGCCAACCAAAUCUUCAACUUACAAAACCAUCCCACGCAUUGAUUAGAGAAGGAGCUAUCCGCGUGUCAGUAUCUAUCUUAGACCGUUAUCUAUCUUAGACCGUUAUCAUAGACCUCAUCCUGGCCAACUUGCAUCUCGUAGACCCGCUUGUCCCACGAUUGUAUCUUGCCAUAGAUCUCCGUAUCUUCACAGCUGAUAUUCUCUUCUAGAAAUAAUUCCAUUUCACCAUCUGACCUGUGGUAGCUGCUAUAAAAAGCGCCUUAUUAUUGCCUCGCACUCCCCAGCCAUUUUUUCCGCGACUGAGAUCAUCUGAACAGAUCAUCUACAGAUAUCUUUUUUCCACACAUUAGUAUACACUCGUAUUUCCAUUUUCCUCUACUUAUUCCCACUACUUUUCUUUCUUCCAAUCUGCUGAAUCUUCUACUGCUAGUACUCCGUCUACAGUUCUUCCAAUUUUCACAAUGCGGUUGAACCUCAUAUACAUCUGGAUUUUCAGCUUGCUCCAGGCAGCUUUGGCUCAGUCGGUUCUUAAGACCUCGUCCUUGUUGACAUGUAUGGACAACUCGAAGUUCACUGCCUCCUUCUUCGAUGUCAGAUACUUUCCCCACAACACAAGUGUCUACUUUCAAGUGAAUGCGAUCUCGUCACUCGACACAAAUGUGACUGCUCAAAUCACGUUGAUUGCCUACGGACUCAAUAUUCUUUCGCGUAACGUCUCGCUCUGUAAUCUUAACUACCCCGAGAUCUGCCCCUUGACUUCCGGCCACUUGGAUUUGACAUCCCUGUACAAUGUGUCGAGAAGCAUCACUGACCAGAUCCCUGGAAUUGCCUUCACAAUCCCGGACCUCGACGCCAGAGUCCGUGUCACAAUCACAGAAGAUGGUAAGUCAGACCAGUUAGCUUGUGUUGAAGCAGUAUUGACCAACGGGAAAACUGUCCAGACAAAAUACGCUGCCUGGCCCAUUGCUGCCAUUGCUGGUCUCGGUGUUAUUACAUCGGGAGUCGUCUCAGUGAUUGGCCACUCCAACACAGCAGCACACAUUGCCUCGAACUCGAUGUCGCUUUUCGUUUAUUUCCAGUCUUUGGCCAUUACAGCCAUGAUGGCCGUGGCUAAAGUGCCUCCUAUUGCCGCAGCCUGGGCCCAGAACUUCCAGUGGUCGCUCGGUAUCGUCAGGGUCGGAUUUGUCCAAAACAUUGCAAAUUGGUACCUCCAGGCUACUGGGGGUACCCCUACGGAUAUCUUGGGAUCGCAGUAUCUCUCUAUUUCCGUCCAAAAGAAGCUAAAGAAAAGAGCCUACGAAUUGUUCGAGUCCUUCUACAAGCCUCAAGAAAGUGUGGUUUCAGGCUUAUCCAAGCGUGCCUCGAUCACGCUUGAUUCCGACGACUUUGGCUACAGCGACUCUCUCAACUCCACGUUGUACUCUUUAAACGAAAAGGACAAAGACUUGUCUUCCAAGAUCUUAGUUCUUCGUGGUAUCCAGAGAGUUGCUUUCUUGACCAGAAUAGAAAUCACUGACCUCUUCAUGACCGGUAUCAUUUUCCUCUUGUUCUUUGCUUUUGUCAUGGUGGUGUGUCUAAUGUUGUUCAAGGCAAUCAUCGAAAUCUUGAUCAGAGCCAAGUUGAUGAAUGAAGGAAAGUUCAACGAAUACAGACUGCAGUGGUCUCUUGUCAUCAAAGGUACCCUCUACAGAUUGUUUGUAUUGGCUCUUCCGCAAAUCGCCGUGUUAUGCCUCUGGGAAUUGACUACGAGAGACUCAGUGGGUACUACCGUGAUUGCUGUCUUCUUGUUUGUCUUAUCCGUAGUUUUAUUGUUUCAAGCAGCCAUCAGAGUAUUCAUGUUUGGUAGAAAGUCUGUGCUGCAAUACAAGAACCCAGCCUAUUUGUUGUAUGGCGACGGUGCCUUUUUGAACAAAUUCGGUUUCCUCUACGUUCAAUUCAGAGCUGAUUGCUACUACUUUAUUCUCGUCAGUUUGGUAUACAUGCUUGCUAAGUCAUUGUUUGUGGCAGUCUUACAAACCCACGGAAAAGUACAAUCUGUCAUUGUCUUCGUCAUUGAAUUGGCCUACUGUGUACUUGUUAGUUGGAUUAGACCAUUUAUGGACAAGAGAACUAAUGCGUUCAAUAUCACCAUUGCUGUCAUCAGCACUCUCAAUGCCCUUUUCUUCAUGUUCUUCUCCUUCGUCUUUAGGCAACCGCAUGUUGUGGCUUCGGUCAUGGGUGUCGUUUACUUUGUCAUUAAUGCCGUAUUUGCCUUGUUCUGUUUAAUCUUCACCGUUGUCACCUGUGUUUUGGCCUUACUUUAUAAGAACCCUGAUGCGAGAUACCAACCAAUGAAGGAUGACAGAGUCUCGUUCCUUCCUAGAUUUGACAACCCGAAGCAAGCACAAAACGGUGAAGAAGAUUUGGAGUUGAUGGCCUUGGGUGCUACUGCCAGAAAGGGUCACGAACACGGAGGCAAACCUGCCAACUUGUACGAUGAAGAUGAAUCGAUGUAUGAAGAAGAUUCCAUGUUUCCUAACAAGGAUUCCAGAAACGAGCUGAACUCCAACUCCAACUUCAAUUUCUCCCACGAUGCCAAUGACUCUAAGCAUGAUUCUUACUUAGAGACAAUGGAACCUACCCAACCCGGUUCCACGAUUGUUGGUAAUCCUGGUGCCAUAACAGGGUAUCAUAAUAGUGCAUAUGUUGGUGGCUCAAGCAGAGGUCCACCUGUCAAUCCAUAUUCACAAUCGACAUCUUACAACACAAGUCAAAGUGGCAGUCGUGUCAACUUCAUAUGAUAGAAGUAAAGAUCAGAGGACUACUUGUAUCAAUUUAUCUUUUCAAUUCUUAUCUUAUUCUUAUUUAUGUAUUUUAGCUUAACGAUAUAUUACCAAUUCAAUCAGUUUCGAAUCG